AUGUCUUUCUGCUUUCCAUCUUACUCUCCUUCUUUCUCCCUCAGUCUUUUUGCCUUCCAUCUUACUCCCCUUCAUUCUCCGUAUCUUCUCUUGUUUUCCAUUAACCUCCCCUUCUUUCUCCCUCCGUCUUUUUCCUUCAUCUUUCUCCCCUUCUUUCUCCCUAUCUUCUCUUGUCUUCCAUUAACCUUCCUUCUUUUCUCCCUAUGUCUUUUUUUCUUUCUUACUCUCCUUCUUUCUCCCUCAAGUCUUUUGCCUUCCAUCUUCCCAUUCCUCCCUAUCUUCUCUUGUCUUCCAUUAACCUCCCCUUCUUUCUCCCUCUGUCUUUUUGCUUUCCAUCUUACUCUCCUUCUUUCUCCUUCUGUCUUUUUGCCUUCCAUCUUACUACCCUUCUUUCUCCCUAUAUUCUCCAGUCUUCCAUUAACCUCCCCUUCUUUCUCCCUCUGUCUUUUUGCCUUCCAUCUUACUCCCCUUCUUUCUCCCUAUCUUCUCUUGUCUUCCAUUAACCUCCCCUUCUUUCUCCCUAUGUCUUUUGCCUUCCAUCUUCCAUUUCUCCCUAUCUUCCUUGUCUUCCACCUCCCUUCUUUCUCCCUCCUUUUGCCUUCAUCUCUUCUUUCUCCUCUUCUCUUGUCUUCCAUUAACCUCCCUUCUUUCUCCCUAUAUCUUUUUGCUUUCCAUCUUACCAUUCUUUCUACUUCUGUCUUUUUGCCUUCCAUCUUCUCCCUUCUUUCUCCCUGGCUUCUCUGUUUUCCAUUAACCUCCCUUCUUUUUCUCCCUCCUGUCUUUUUUUGCUUCCAUCUUACUCCUUCCCUCUCCCUAUUCUCUUGUCUUCCUUAA